CGGUAAACGCGUUUUGUGGGAUUUGCGGCUCAGCUGCAGCACGGUCAUACCGCACUUAAUUUUGUUUAUAUUUUGGAAAAAGACAGCCCAAAUGUCGAACCUCCAGUUAACUCAGGAAAAACUAGAUGCCCUACGCUCCGAGUACAGGCCACGCCGGCCGUGCGCCCUGCUGAAAUACCCGAGGCCCAAGACGAAGCCCGAGUACCAGGCGAUAUACCCGUGGUUGCUCCCCGAUGAAACGGAUCCGCACUUCGUAUUCUGCGCGGUCUGCGAGUGCCGGCUCAGCUGCAAGAGAUCGGAUCUGGGCAAGCACGAGGGCAGCAUCAAGCACUCGGAAAAUGCCCAAAGAAAAGCGUUGCCGGUCAAGGACAAUCACACGGUGGCGGAGGGUUCCGGCGCUGGCGUGAUGAAGUGGGAGUACAACGAGGACGAGGAGGGUCUGCUGCCAUACGGAACGGAGCCUCCAGAUGACGAGACCGAGGAGGAGGAUGGCGAUGCGGACGAAACGGAGGCGGAUUGCGAGGAGGACGACGAGCAGCCCCAGGAACAGGAGGGGCACAACGAUCUCGAAACAGAGCCUGCCAUCAAGCAGCAGCGCCGCAUCUCGGAGACGGACUCACAGCAUUCCGGCAUGCUGGACUAUCUGCCACUCCACGUGACCAUCAACGAGUUGCCUGCGAGUGUUCCGUCCACUGUCUCCUCCUACCCCACCUCUUCCACGGCACCACCAGCAGCUCCGCCCUGCAGAAUCACCAUUAAGAAGGUGCCCGCUCCGAGUACUCCGCCCAGUGGGGUUUGCCAAGCCCAGGAGAUCAGUUCCAAGGCCACUAUCACGCCCAUACACACCACGCCCUCCUACGCCGCCCGUCAGCUGCAGUCCUAUCAGCUGCAGCAGAUGUCGCCCAUAGCGCCACCGCGCGAUUCCCUGGAACUCUUCUUCGAUAGCAUAUGCGCAACUGUCAAGAGCCUACCUCCCAAACUGGCCACUGAGGGCAAGAUCCGAGUGAUGCAGCUCAUCGGAGAGUUGGAACUGCGCGCCCUGGGCGAGCAGGAGACAUCUUCUCAGUCCGCCCGACCUCAGGGCCUUGAUCUCGCCGGAAGCUCAGCAUCCGGAGCAGCCGAAGCGCCCGGCAGUGGUCAACAGAAUUCCACUGUGGCCUCCACCACAAAGUAAAUCAGAAGUGAAAAAGGUUUUAAACCGAGCUCAAGUAUAUUAUUUUUUGUUUACAUUUUGUUAACUGAUUUUCUUGAAUAAAGCUAUUAAUUAGUUGUUGUCA